AUGGGCGACGCAGGGCCGCCUACACCGCCUCCCCUGUUAACGGAGCAGUCUGCUUCGAUAAAUAGUCUGGAUACACAAGAUGUGCGGCGGCUGAGGGAGAUCAAGGUGCUGGUGACGGGGUUUGGGCCAUUCAAAUCCUUCCUCAUCAACCCUUCAUGGCUGAUCGCAUCCACCUUAUCAGAAGAACUUUACCCUCGGUCAAUUACGCCAAAAUAUAAAAUAUCACUAAUAAUUCAUCCGUCGCCAAUACGAGUCGCUUACAACACAGUAUCCACCUUGGUUCCGACCCUCAUAAUGCAACAUAACCCAGACUUCAUCCUCCACAUUGGCAUGGCAGGCGGACGAGAUUGCUAUUCUCUGGAAACAUGCGGCCAUCGAGAUGGGUACAGGAUAAAGGAUGUGGACGAAUCCGACGGUUUUAACUGCGGCGAAAGCGUGUGGAAAAGCCAAGGCGUCCCUGACAUCCUCUUUGUCGGGUGGGAUGAAGAGGAUGUGCUGAGGCGGUGGGAGACGGGCGUGGAUGCUGGUCUCAAAGAACGCGGGUUCCUCGGUCGGGUUGGUCAUACCUCGAACACAGCAACUAUCUCAGUCCCCGGACGAGGCGUCGGCGUCAGCGGCGGCGUUGGGCCAAAUGUGAGCUUGAGUCUGAUGUGGGGAACUAGCAACGUAGGCACCUCGUCGAUGAGGGCCGAGGAUAAUAAAAAGAAGGGCGUUGUCAAGCUAUCGCGAGACGCAGGUCGAUUCCUGUGCGAGUACGCUCUAUUCGAAAGUCUGAGUCGGCGAUGGCUCGAUGCGCAGCGAUGUCGGCGUCCACCUUCAGAGUCUGGGUCAUUGCCUGACCACCAGCAACAGCAACAACCGGGGCUGUUAUCGCCAACAACCUCAUCAUCUUCCCCCGCCCCUCAUUCUCGAUCCGGAUCUCCUACACUCAUAGACCCCGAUCUCGCGGCCGAGCGCGUGGGCAAAGUAGCAUUCCUGCACGUCCCUGGCUGGACAUGCGUAGAAGACAUUAAUCGCGGCGUUGUGAUUGCGGAAGAAGCCAUUCGCGCGCUGGUAGGUAGUUGGCAGGACGGCCGGCGGAGAACUAAUUCUGGUCGUGGAACUGCGAGUGCAGGGGCGUUUACGACGCAGCAUUCCGAGGCGUAA